AUGAAACAGAUCAUUUUGCCUAUUCGACCUGCCUACUUAAGCAGAGGCUUCUCCUCUAUAGAUACACCAAUGGCUCCUGUUGACACUAUUGUUCUCGUGGUGACUACCACCCAGACAGUUGCUCCCACUAUUUCUCUGGACACCACAACAACUCAAUAUGUGUACCGUACGGUGGUAGCUUCUCAAAGUGGAACUUCAGCAUCGGCUCAAACCGCCAUCGCCUUAACAACCACAUCUACAUCUACAUCAAAAUACAUAUCUGCUGCUUCUGGUACCAAGUCUGCCUCUUUUUCUGCUACCUCUCCUGUUUCCAAGUCCAUGGCUGCGAUGCUGAUGGCCUCCGUUUCCUCUACUCCAACACUUCCUGUCAAUGUCAGCACAUUCUCAGAGUCUAGAACUUCUAGCAGCAAACUCGGCAUGGCCAUAGGCAUUCCUAUGGCUGUUCUAUCCUUGUGCAUCGUUGCUGCUGUUGCAUGGUCUUUCUAUCAUAAGAAAGCAGCCCAAUCAGGUAGCUUCAUGACAAGUAAUCGUAAAGAGCCUGAACUUGUUGCUACUAUACCCCAGAGUUGGUCCGAUACUCCACAGCUUCAAAUCCCAGAACGCAAAUCCGGACUUUUGAAUAGGUUGAGUAGGAAGAUCAAUUUUUCCGAAUGGCCCGGUUCACCUAGAGAAUUCAAAUCUCCGUUGUUCUUGAGAAGGUUCCACUUGCUGAACGAAAAAAAUCGGGCAUCCGAGCCUGAAAAGGUGUUGCCAACUCUUCCAAACUUAUCACUUAAUAAGGUUGAUCCUCUAGUUGAAGUUCCACAAAUGAGUCUUGUUGGAAAGAAAUUCAUUGCUGUCAAACCAUAUGCUAGACGACUAGGUGAUGAGCUUUCCCUCUGUGCUGGAGAGGAGGUUACUGUAGAGAAAGUUCAUGGUGAUGGAUGGGUUUCUGUAAAAGUUGGUACCAGUCUGGGUUUAGUGCCCAUGAUUUGCCUAAAGAAAGUUUAA